AUGUCACGUGACAGUAGCCACCAUCCACUUCCGGUCCCGUCACAGACCCGCUGCCUAACGUCCAUGUUAGGAGCACCCCGAGGCCGCCGCCACCACCGCCCGCUCAGCCUUCCACGCGCCAGCAGCCCCUUCGCCGUUCUGCCAGCGCUGCCUCUGCCGGCCAUGGCCGCCGUGCUCUCACAGGUGCGCCAGAACUACCACCCGGACUGCGAGGCCGCCGUCGACAGCCAGAUCAACCUGGAGCUCUACGCCUCCUACGUCUACCUGUCCAUGGCCUUCUACUUCGACCGCGACGACGUGGCCCUCAUGCACUUUGCCAGCUACUUCCUACGCCAGUCGCACGAGAAGCGCGAGCAAGCAGAGCAGCUCAUGAGGCUGCAGAACCAGCGCAUCUGCCUGCGCGACAUCAAGAAGCCUGACCGCGACGACUGGGAGAGCGGCCUCAGGGCCAUGGAGUCCGCCUUCCACCUGGAGAAGUGCGUCAACCAGAGCCUCCUGGACCUGCACCGCCUGGCCACCGACAAGGCCGACGCUCACCUCUGCGACUUCCUGGAGAGCCACUACCUGCACGAGCAGGUCAAGGUCGUCAAGGAGCUGGGGGGCCACCUCACCAUCCUGUGCAAGAUGGGGGCCCCGGAGGCCGGCAUGGCAGAGUACCUCUUUGACAAGCUCACCCUGGGUGGCGACGGUGACAAGGAGGACUGA